AUGGUCAACACAUUUUCGCUCGAGGGCAAGGCCCUGAAACUCGACUCGGCUGCCGACAUGGACAAACACAUCGCGGAGCUCAAGGCUAACAAGGACGUCGAGGAGGUCAUCCUCGUGGGAAACACUUUGGGUGUGGACGCCUGCGAAGCCCUGGCCAAGGUGCUCGAGACUAAGAAGAAGCUUAAGGUCGUCAAUUUCGCCGACAUCUUUACAGCACGUACAUAUGAUGAGAUCCCCCCAGCUGUGACACACCUACUCACCGCUUUGCUCGCCCUCCCCGAAUUGCAUACUGUCAAUCUAUCCGACAAUGCUUUCGGCGUCAGGACGGUCGCUCCCUUGCAGCCCUUCCUCUCUCAGCACGUGCCCCUGCAACAUCUCAUCUUGAACAACAACGGUCUUGGUCCUGCUGCUGGAACCCUCGUCGCCGAGGCCCUUACAACUCUCGCCGGAAAGAAAGAGCAAGCUCGCAAGGAUGGCAAGACGGUACCCGACCUCGAGACUGUCAUCUGCGGUCGCAACAGACUUGAGGCCGACUCUAUGGAGGCUUGGGGCCACGCAUACUCGGCCAACAACAAGGUCAAGACCAUCCGCAUGACUCAGAAUGGUAUCCGUAAGGAAGGUAUCUCCACCCUGUUGCAGAACGGUCUGAGCAAGUGCACUGCUUUGGAAGUUAUAGACUUGCAAGACAACACUUUCACCGCCAUGGGUGGUCGCGCUCUCGCCGAUGUCAUCGCAAACUGGUCCGUCAUCAAGGAAAUUGGCGUGGGCGACUGCUUGCUCAGCGCUCGCGGCGCCGUCAUGCUCGCAGACGCCCUUAAGUCUGGCAAGAACAAGACUCUCAAAACACUUCGCCUACAGUACAACGAGAUCGAUGCCAAGGGUAUUGCUGCUCUUUGCAAAGUCGCCCAGACCGACGCCCUUCCUGCUCUGCAGCGUAUUGAACUGAACGGCAACAAGUUCUCAGAGGAAGAUGCCAACGUUGAAGCUCUUAAGACUCUCCUUGAUGAGCGCAGGGAAGAAAAUGCCCCUGACGUCGACGCAGACGAUGAGACUUGGGGCGUUGAUGAGCUUGACGACCUGGAAGAGGAUAGUGACGACGAUGAUGAGGACAUUGACGAUGACGAAGAUGCCGAGGAAGAACAAGUCCUCAAGCAGGCCGAUCAAGCCGAAUCAGAGAAUGUCGCCCAAGAGAAAGACAACUCUGUCGAUGAGCUCGCAGACCUUAUGGGUAAGACGGAGCUCAAGUAA